AUGUCUAGUCAAACUGAGAGAACUUUUAUCGCGGUAAAGCCAGAUGGUGUUCAGAGAGGCUUGGUGUCUCAGAUUUUAUCUCGUUUCGAAAAAAGAGGUUAUAAGCUAGUCGCCAUCAAAUUAGUACAGGCUGAUGACAAAUUAUUAGAGCAGCAUUACGCAGAGCAUGUUGGCAAACCAUUUUUCCCCAAGAUGGUAUCUUUCAUGAAGUCUGGUCCUAUUUUGGCCACGGUCUGGGAAGGAAAGGAUGUGGUCAAGCAAGGAAGGACCAUUCUCGGAUCUACCAAUCCGUUAGCCAGUGCACCAGGUACCAUUAGAGGUGAUUUUGGCAUUGACCUAGGUAGAAACGUCUGUCAUGGUAGUGAUUCCGUUGAAAGUGCUGAACGUGAAAUUAACUUGUGGUUCAAGAAAGAAGACUUAAUUAGUUGGGAAUCAAAUCAAGCUAAGUGGAUCUAUGAAUGA